UUUACUCCUUGUUGCUGGCAUCCGAAGUUCGAACUUUCACUCGAGUGGGAUAAUUCAGUUCACAUUUGCUGAAAGAAGAUGAAGCUCGCGUCGCUAAUUUCUAGUUGCAGCAACUAUGCUCAUCCCCUCUCGAUUAAGGGAGAACAGAAUCUCAUUCCUGCAAAAGCAGAAAAUGUGAAGUUUUCUUUCAAGAGCUUGGCUCCGCCUUUAGUGGCUGCGCUCGUGGCCUUAUCUCCGUUGUGCUGUACUCCAGUUUCAAAUGGCCAAAUGAUAGAUAUCCAGAGAGGAGGCUCAUUGUUUCGUCAAGCUUGUAUUGGUUGCCAUGAUGCUGGUGGGAACAUAAUACAGCCAGGAGCAACACUAUUUCUAAAGGAUUUACAGAGAAAUGGAGUUGACACAGAAGAAGAGAUCUACCGAAUCACAUACUAUGGCAAGGGAAGAAUGCCGGGAUUUGGUAAGGAAUGUAUGCCCCGAGGCCAGUGCACAUUUGGAGCUCGUUUGGACGAUGAUGACAUAAAGAUCUUAGCUGAGUUUGUGAGGAUGCAGGCUGACCAAGGAUGGCCAACUAUACAAAAUCCACAAGAUUGAUUCAGAUACUAGCCUAUGUAUGCAUUCAUUUACUGUAUCAUAACAAAUAGAUGCGUAGUGAUUCUAUCAAGUUCAUUCAUUUGAGGCUCUACUUAAUGCUACUGCCUGAUUCUGCUUCCUUUCUUCUCAUAUUAUGGUAUUUUGACAUCCUAUGUGUUACUUGGAAGAAUUA